AUGCGUGUUUGGCUGAGAGAGACCGCUUCGUACCUACCUCCAGUGCAGAUUGGUGAGGUCAUGAGAGGCGUCGCCGCCGGUCGUAUCCUGGCAUCAAAGAACCCAGCAUUCAAGGCCGGCGACUGGGCAACGGGAUUUUCUGGAUGGAAGGAGGUGGCCGUGCUUGGCCCUCAAACAGUCUUCCCAGCACCAUUACUGCCCGGCGUGCAGAAGCCGGACCUUCUCGGAGCCCUUGGCAUGACUGGAUUGACCGCCCUGUUGGGGUUGAACAAGAUUGGACUGCCAAAGGAAGGAGAGCUUGUGGUUGUCUCGGGAGCGGCUGGAGCAACUGGAUCUAUCGUCGGGCAGAUUUGCAAGCUGAAAGGCUGCCGCGUUGUGGGAAUAGCGGGAACAGACGACAAGUGCGCCUGGUUGAAGGAGCUUGGAUUCGAUGUUGCCCUGAACUACAAGGCCCCUGAAUUCCGCGAUCAGUUCCUCGAGGCGACAAAGGACCAAAUUGACCUAUACUGGGACAAUGUCGGAGGCGAUAUUCUUGACCUGGCUCUGGGCCAGGCGAAGCUUCGGGGUCGGAUCGUGAAGUGUGGAAGCAUCGGCGAGUACAACGGCGACAAGGCAUCUGGAGAGCUCCACAAGAACCUUGGCCGGAUUUCAUCGAUGCGACUGCGCAUGGAGGGCUUCAUUGUACUCGACUUCGCCGCAGACUUUGCCGAAGCAAUGAAACAGUUGGCUGUAUGGGUUUCGCAAGGGCAGAUCAAAUCCAAGAACACGGUGGUGAAGGGCGGCCUGCAACAGGCAGACCAAGCGCUCGCCGACAUGUUCAAGGGCAUCAACACAGGUAAACUGGUUGUCGAGGUCAAGGACCCGGAUCAAACCUCGACUGCGAAUGCUCUGCACCAGAAGAUACGGCAAGUCUCUACGACUCGGCCAAAGAAAGCCCAGGCAACCAAAGAGCAGGCCAAGGUGGUCAAAGAUACAGUAAAGGAGGCAGUGGAGAAGAAACCAAAAUCGACCCUUGCGGCUGCUGCGAAGCCAAGACAGGCGUCUACGAAGACUGCUGCUACCAGUUCUUCAGAGAAAGGCUCGACAGUGGCCAAGGCUGUCAAGCCGGCCCCAAAGACCCGGGCUACCAAGUCUGCUAGUACAGCGACUGCUGCUGAGGAGACGAAGGCCGCCGCACCUGCAAAGAAGGCCCCAGCAACGAAAGCUAGCACAGCGACGACGACAACGCGAGCACCGAAAUCCACCGCCGCAGCUUCGGCAGCCAAGGCUCCAGGACAAGCGACUUCGACGCACACGCCCACGCCGACGUCCACACCCAGACCGGCUGCCAGCACCACGAAGCCUGCGGCGGCACCGAGCCCACCAAGGGCAUCAAGCCAACCAGUGACCCCCAAGCCAGCAAACAGCGCACCGACGCCAGCGAGCAAGAGCAGCCCGGCAUCGGCCCCCUUGCCUUACGCCGCCCAUGCGCCAAAACCCGCAGAGCCGUCGGCCGAGCCGAAGCGGGAGGUCGACCCGUCGAGCCCGGAGUACAAGCGAGCUGCGCGGAAGUGGGUGUCGACGAUGAUCGCGCUCCCCAUCCUGUUUGUCACUUCAUACUUCCUAUAUGACAGACUCGCUCUAGGCCAUCAUCCAAGCCUGGAAGCGUUCCGUUCCAAGCCUCAGCCGGCUGCUGUAGGAUCGGAGGACGCAUAG